AUGGCAGCCAGAUAUAUCGUGCCAGCAUUGGCCAUCGUCGGCUCAGCAGCGGCGCAAUCAUCAUGCAGUGUCUCCGGGACCACCACAAUCCAAAGUCAAGGUGACGCGACCGCGCUCGCAGCUUGCCAAACCUUCACCGGCUCCAUUGCCAUUGCAAGUACCGCCGUCAACCAGAUCGCCCUUGAUGGCAUCCAGAGAAUAUCGGGCAGCUUGAUUGCGAACAACGUGACCCAGGUGACCGCCCUCUCCGGCUCUAGCUUGACCCAGAUCGACGAUUCCUUCAUGCUCAAUGGCUUGACCAUCCUUACAUCACUCAACUUCCCAAGACUGGAGGCAGUGGACACGAUCGAUUGGGAGGCACUCCCAGCGCUGCAAGGUCUGUCAUUCACCACUGGCGUGCAACAGGCCAGUCAAGUAUCUAUCCAGAACACCCAACUCCAGAGCCUCAGCGGUAUCAACCUCCAGAUCGUGCAGCAGAUGACCAUCGCCAACAACCCAUACCUCAACGAGAUCAACAUGCAGCUCGGUAACAUCUCCCAGUCCCUCAUCCUCGAGGCCAACGGUCGCAAUGUCAGCGCUACCUUCCCGAACUUGGAGUGGGCCUUUAACAUGACCUUCCGCAACGUGUCGCAAGUGAGCAUUCCAUCGCUCGCCUCUAUCAACGGCUCGAUGGGCUUCUACGCCAACUUCUUCUCGAGCUUGGCUGCACCCAACCUUACCUCCAUUGGUCAGACCCUCUCGUUCGUCAGCAACGAGGCCUUGACCAACUUGAGCUUCCCUGAGCUCACCACUGUUGGUGGUGGUCUGCAGGUUGCCAACAACACCGAUCUCCAGACCAUCAACGGCUUCUCUGCCUUGAAGACUGUCGGUGGCGCUUUGGAUUUCAACGGAAACUUCACUGAGGUUGAUCUCCCAGCCAUCUCCGAUAUCCGUGGUGCGUUCAACCUCCAGUCCGCUGGCGACAUCAGCAAUGCUUGCAACCACUUCAAGCCUCUGUCCGGCUCCAACAACGUCAUCAAGGGUACCUACACCUGCUCCGGCGGCGAAUCGCACCCGGGCGGUACUGGCACCUUGAGCCCCGGCACGAACACCGGCAGCAGCUCCUCUUCCUCCUCUUCCGCCAAGAGCUCAGCCAACAGCUUGUACAUCUCUGGCACGACCGGCCUAAUCGGUGUCGUGGCUGCGAUCUUUGGUAUGCUUUAA